AUGGCUGACAGAGAAGCUACACCAAUGCUCAUCAGAGCUCUCAUAUUGGCAUUACUUUACACAUUUGCACCGUGCUCUGGAGCAAAUGUUAAAAUCGGAGUUCCAGAGAACUAUGACGGUAUUUUUCCAUGGUAUCUAGCCAAGCUCCACAGCUUGCCAGUGAAUUACAGCGACCUGGUGGUGACAGGAGAUGAUGAGGGGAUAUUUGGAGUCGAUGCUCAGUUUCUGUACGCUCUUAAACCGCUGGACCGAGAGAAACAGCCGUCUUACUCUCUGCAGGUGUCCUUCAGAACAUCAGUGCAUCGCCAGAGCUUCACUGUAGAAGUCUGUGUCAUCGACAAGAAUGACAAUGUGCCUGUUUUCAUAGAGGAGAGCAUGAGAGGCAGCGUGCAGCUCGGCCUCCUCAAAGGAAUCCCAUUCAUGCAGGUGGAGGCUCUGGAUCGUGAUGACCGCAACACUGCCCACGCUGAGUUGCGGUUUAACCUGAUGGAGCAGACGCCCAGGAUUCCCUCCAGUCAAAUGUUCUUCAUUGACUCCAUCACGGGAGAGGUUUCCCUCACCGAGGAAGGAUCUUCUACUUUGGAUCCAGAGAUGUGCGGUCGUUACAAGCUGGCAGUGAUGGUGAAAGACAUGGCUGGGAAGGCCAACGCUUUCUUCACCACUGGCAUCGUGACUGUUGAGGUGAAUGGAAACACGUGGGCAUCACCUGAUCCUGUGAGACUCCAGGAGAAUCUCCCCGGACCUUAUCCAAUUCCCAUCUCACAGGUCAAAUGGAGUGGGAGUCAGGCAGAGUACAGUCUGGAGGGGGAGUUUCCAGAGAUGCUUUUCACCAUCAGCAGAGAAGGAGUCAUUUAUCUCAAUGCACCUCUGGACAGAGAGACACAAGACCAGUUCCAAAUCAGCAUUGUGGUGGAGCGUCCAGAUGGCAGAGAGAUUGCCAAGCCUGUAGAGUUGCGGGUGAUGGUGGGCGACGCCAACGAUAACAGACCCACCUUCCCUCAGGCACAGUACCACACUGUGGUGAAAGAACUGGCUGCUCGAGGGACAGAAAUCUUGACAGUGCAGGCAGCUGACAAUGAUGAUCCCAAGACAGACAAUGUGCGGAUCUUCUACCGUUUAAUCGGGCAAAUCCCAGAGAGUCCUCGUGCCCUGUUCAGAGUGGACCGUGACUCAGGGGUCAUCUCAGUCCAAGCAGACAGUAUGGAGGGCACAGCACCACAGUACACCCUGACCAUCACUGCUGAGGAUGCCAAAGGUCUGAACAGUUCGUGCACUGUGGUUGUGACCGUGCAGGAUGAGAACAACAACCCGCCCGUCUUCUCCCAACACGAGUACGGGCCCUUUCACAUCCCAGAGGACGCUCCGGCGGGCACCACGGUAACAGCUGUGCAGGCAGGGGAUGCAGAUGUUCGGGGUGGAGACAGCUGGCAGGUGGACUACCGUUUAGAGUCUGGAAAUGAGGAGGAGGUCUUCACAUUGGUGACAGACAAACAGACCAACGAGGUCUCACUUGUGCUCUCAAAGGUUUUGGACUUUGAGCGUGAGAGUGAAUAUAUCCUGGUGCUUAGCGCCCAGAAUCCUGUUGCUCUGGUCCGCGGCCGAUACGGACCAGCAUCCACAGCAACGGUCUCCAUUUACGUCGACGAUGUAAACGAAGGUCCGAUCCUGUCUCAGAGCCAUUAUGAGGUGACAGUCAGAGAGGGAGAGGAACCAGGAAGAGUUAUUGCCACCAUUCGAGGUUACGACCCUGAUUCUCACCCAAUAAGAUAUUCUCUUCAAGGGGACACCAAGAAAUACUUCUCGAUAGGGAAGUAUUCCGGUGAACUGAAGACUGUGCAGGCCUUGGACAGAGAGGAAAACAGCACGUACACCAUGGAGGUCAUUGCAGUGGAUGGACGAAACUCUUCCUUAUCGGCAUCCACCCUGGUGACUGUCCAAAUCCUGGACGUGAAUGAUAACAGCCCAGUGCUGGUCGGAGAUUACUCCUGGAAGUACCUGUGCACGCCUCGCUGGGAGGACCAAGCUCUGGUGCUGGCUUCACGGGACAGUGAUGGACCCCAGCAUGGAGGACGGCUCAAUUUCUCCCUCCGUAGUGAUGUAACGGUUCGACGUAACUGGAAGCUGACGCCUAUCAAUGAUACUCACACCAACCUGUCCUUAAACAUCCCAUACCUGGCCCCUGAGGUCUACACUGUGCCCUUCACCAUCUCCGACAGCAGCUCUCCUCCCAGGAGCACCUUCAUAAACUUGCCAGUGACAGUGUGUCCCUGCAACGUCAGAGGAAACUGCAAAAUGGCUGCCAAGCAGCUGCAGGGAAUGCCAACGAUUCAGUCUGCUGUGGGCAUUUUACUUGGCACGUUUGCAGUCAUAGGAAGCAUCCUCAUUGUUGUAUUUGUGAGGCUCUCCUACCAGAACCCCGAACGGCCGAGCAAAUCUAACCAGGAGAGAGUUCCCUUGAAGAUUUCAAUCUGAUCACGUCAUUUCUCAACUCACAAUGUUGCUUUCAGGGCACUGAAUACAUUUAUUCACUAUGAAUGUCUAAAUGUGUAUGUUCUGGUUAUUAAAUCAAAUUCAGACGUGCACAAUAUGUAUUUUAUCUCGGUCUCAUAUGUUGAGCACUCAGACUUGUGCCUGAGACAUAAUGUUAACUUACUUUUUAGAUUAUUCAUUUUUUUAUCGCUGUUGAGGUGUUACAUUGUUCAGAAUGGUCCCUAUUUAAUAGAAUAUUAUGAGGGCCAUGGUAUGGAAAAACAUUAAGUUGUGAAGAAGUUGUUACACUCUAUAAAAAAAAUAAUUUGAAAAGAAAAUGUCCACAUUUUUGAGAAAAAAGAUAACUUCUAACAUUUUAAAAAGUGACUUCUUUCUUGUAUAUUUACAAUUUCCUUCGUUCAUUUUUUUUCUCUGGCUUUUUUUGUUGUAGUUUACACUGCACAUAUCUGUUAUUCAUUUAUGUUCAGCACAGCUGGUCACCGAACUUGGAACCUGUUUCUUUAAAUUGUAAUUGUGAUUAGCUGUUACACAAAGAUUGUUGGAAAACAGAAAUCAGAUGAAACAUGCCCAUGAUUGUGGAGAUGUGAUUUUAUGUAACUGAACAUAUGAAUAGAAUUAAACCAUGUUACAAGCACCA